CACAGGAAAGCAUCCAGCACAAGAAGGCUACAGUUUGGGGUUGUACAGAGUGAUGAGGACCGCAAACCUGCAAGCAUUCGUCACGUAGCCUCGCCUCCAGGCUCUUGUAAUAAGUCACCUCCUGUCACUGGCAGCCACCCACUCCAGAUCCACGCUCAGAGUGCACAGAGCUGCAGCUACGCAGGUGUCAGUAAAAAGAGACACAAUGAGGGGCGGCCUGCAGGUUGUCAUAUCAUGUCUACUGUUCUGUGGUGCAGUGGCAGAGUUAACAGGAUCACUACCAACAACGCCAUUGAGGCCUACUACAACCUUAAGUUCAUCAACUACACAUCCGACAGUGUCAAACUCCCCCAGCACAACUCUGCCCCUCAUGAAUACAACUUCCAUCCAAACUACCACCAGCACUCAGCCAACAAACGCCACAAAUCCGACAAUUUCAUCAGUGACACAAACCACAGCCUUUUCAUUGUCUUCCUCAUCCAUCACAACUGACAUCCAGGACACCAGCAGCAGUCCCACCACCAACAUCAGUACCAGUAGUAGUCCCACCACCAUCAUCAGUACCAGUAGUAGUCCCACCACCAACAUCAGUACCAGCAGCAGUCCCACCACCAACAUCAGUACCAGCAGCAGUCCCACCACCAACAUCAGUACCAGCAGAAGUCCCAACAUCAGUACCAGCAGCAGUCCCACCACCAACAUCAGUCCCACCACCAAUAUCAGCACCAGUCUCCCCAGCACAGCACAAACAACCGGCUCCAUCACCAACCAAGACAGCGGAACAACCAGCAGCAGCACCACCACUAUCAGCACCAACGCUACCACCACCCCACUGGGACAAGGAGAACAUAAGCCGGCUCUGAGUUCAGGAAUCAUCGCAGUGAUUGUUUUUCUGUCCAUAGCAAGUGUUGUACCAGUUUCGGUUGGGAUUUACUGCCACAAGAGCCGACAUAGAUCCUACGGCCAACUUCUGGACAACAACGAGCGAAACAUUUUGGACAACUUCCCCAACCCGGCGUAUGACCAUCGAACCGCCGACUCCUUAAGUGACUGCUGAACGCGGACAGCCGUCAUACAGCCAUUACUGUGACCUGCAACCUGCUGCUUCGUGGUGCAGAAGCAAAUCCAAUGUUGCUAUUGAUCUUUGUUAAAGUGCCCUCAUUUGUAUUAUUGCUGUAAGUCGAGUAAACAUAGAAAGACAGGCAUUUUGAAACAAAGGCUCUACACGGACUAAAAGGUUAAAUCACAGUGGAUACAAGCGUGGUCAUCAGUCUGAGAAAGAGAAGAUGGACAUUCUUUUUUUCAUACCAUGGAUUGUUCCUUAAGGGCAAUUAAGAAACAUCUUCCUUAAUUAAACCGGGAAAUGGUUUCUGUCUGAAAAACUUUCAGAUAUUAACCGGAAUGUAGCCGACCAGAGUUCAAAGGUCAGACUGUACGCGUCAAUAAAUGUCCUGGUUAAACAUA